AUGAUUAUCAUGUACGGCACCGCCUGGCUGCUAGCGAUCGGCGGCAAUACGGUCGUCUGCUACAUAGUGCUCGCCUACCAGCGCAUGCGCACCAUCACAAACUACUUCAUCGUCAACCUGGCGCUCGGCGACAUACUCAUGGCGAUUCUAUGCAUUCCGUUCGACUUCGUCGCGAACCAGCUGCUCAACUACUGGCCGUUCGGCGCCGUGCUCUGUCCGCUGGUGACGUACGCGCAGGCGGUGUCCGUCUUCGUCAGUUCGUACACGCUCGUGUCGAUCAGUAUAGACCGGUACAUCGCCAUCAUCUACCCGCUGAGGCCGCGAAUGACCGCCUGCCAGGCGAAACUCGCCAUCGCCAUCAUCUGGGUCAUCUCGCUGUCGAUCCCGCUGCCUAUCGCCAUCGUCUCGCGCACCGUCGCCGCUCCGUUCAGCGACGGCGCGCUGCGCGAUCGCUGCGAGGAGCAGUGGACGUCCGGCGGCGCGAAACUAUCCCGCUCGCGUUAUAGCAUGGCGCUUAUGUCGCUGCAGUACUUCCUGCCGCUGGCCGUGCUCACCUUCACCUACUCUGUGAUAACGCACGAACUGUGGGGCAAGCGCGUGCCAGGCGAGGCCGAGGACACGCGCGACCAGCGGCUGGAGCGCUCCAAACGAAAGGUGGUGUUCAAAGGCUCACUAAAAAUUGUGUAUAUAUCGGGAGUUAAUAAGAUGAUAAAGAUGAUGAUUACUGUCGUGGUAAUAUUUGCCUUACUCUGGCUGCCCCUCAAUGUGCUUAUCGUGUUGGGAGACCACUACGACCUGAUGUGGCGCUGGAAGUACAUAAGGUACACCUGGUUUCUCUCGCACUGGCUCGCCAUGAUGCACUCCUGCUGCAACCCGUUCAUCUACUGCUACAUGAACGCGCGCUUCCGCUCCGGCUUCCGCUACGUGUUCCGCUUCCUGCCGUGUCGCUGCUGUCGCGAGACGCCGACGGAUAGCGACGUGUACGAGACGGAACUGAAGCGCCGUAACACCUACUCGACGACGGUGCCGAUGGCGGCCGGUGUCAACAUGCGGCAGAUGGGUCGCGGCCUAUCGAAUUGCAUCAAGCACGAGUUGACGCUGAUGACGGUGGACGAUGCGCACGGGGACGCUAAUCAGCUGAGCUGCAUCUCGGAGGGCGACAAUGUCGUGAUGGGAUUCACGCAGCCCAAUGGCGGAGAGUCCCUCACCGCUGUUUAGAGGCUACGAUCUAGUGCGCAUAUAUAUUUAUAAUGUAUAUGUAUAUAUAUAUAUAUAUAUCCACACAGGCUCGGGUUGGUAUCGCAGCUAUUGUCAUUUACAAACCUACUUAUAUUUAUAAACCGCAAUCGCGGUCAAUAAGAAUAUAGGCAAGUUGUGCGGGUCAUCGAGCGGUGCAUUAUUGCGACGAUAACAUAAUACACGCACGCUCGCACGCACGCACGCACGCACGCAAGCAAGCAAGCAUGCACGCUCGAAAGCAUGCACGCACGCAAGCACGCACGCACGCAAGCAAGCAUGCACGCACGCGCUCACAGACAUACAAAGAUGCAGACGACAUGUCCAGUCCUGUCCCAAUCGAGCGUUUUCUGGUUCAAUACAUACACGAUCGGAAGGAUGGCUUCGAAUCGAAUAAGAGUAUUGAUCAAUAUUAUAUACCGUAUAUUAUCUAUAAUGUAUAUAUUGUCCCCAUCGUAUUCAGAGUCUCUAGUGACUUCUGGUGGCAAAAUGUGAAAAGAUCAGCCACACCUCUAUAAUAAUGAUCUAGUCCAACUAUCGUCAGGCUUACAUCACGUUAAUAGACACAUACGUACCUACUAGUUAUGAUUCGUGAAUUUAAAAGAUUUUAAGCAUAAAAACUACGUUACUAGACUUCCAACGCAUGAUAUCAGAAGUCGAUAAUAGGGAAUUAUAAUUAGGAAAAAUCCCCUAUUAUCUACUUCUGGUGAUAUAUUGCUGAACACUUUCUUGAUAUGAAACGUUUUAGAUGGUGAAUAUAUAUAUAUAUAUAUAUAAAACUGUACGCAUUUAAUCUUUUGUCCGGAUAUAGAAAGCCUGGGCAUAUUGUAUGAGGCACUAACCUGUCGAUUAAAAACACUAACUAUGAUUCACUAGAGCUGCUCCUACACGUGCUCGGCUAUACAGGUUUGUUUGUUUGUUAGUUUGUUUAAUCCUAGUAUCAAUUAUGGUGACGUACGCAGACGUUGAAUUAAUCCACUGCAAUACCAGGCUAUCUACAACCAUAAGCAAUAUAAUGGGCAAUGUCUCCAGAAUCGUUGUAAAUAGUGCAAAUAAAUCUUAUUAUACAUAUUAAGAGUUUUCGUAAACCGAUAGUUUGUAUUUUCUGCGACGAGUGCAUAAGUGACCAUGCGAGCAUCACGUCAUGGUAUAUUGAAAGUUAUGACUAGUCCUCGCGCUGUAGCCCCAGCUCUCUGACUUUCAUCAUACUAAAGAUAUUAACGAUAACAGAGUCAUUCAACUGUUGCUUUGUUGUUCGCGAUUUUAUAAUGUAAGAUAUGCGCGUUGUAUUAGAACGAUAUAAAAUAUAAGGUUAAUAUAUUUCUCGGUA